UGUGGAUAGACAUCAUGCCUGACUAUCUAGGAGCGGACCAGCGGAAGACAAAAGAAGAAGAAAAGGAGGACAAACCUAUCAGAUCUCUUGAUGAAGGAGAUAUUGCAUUGCUGAAAACCUAUGGACAAAGCACUUAUUCAAGGCAGAUCAAGCAGGUAGAGGAUGACAUACAGCAACUGCUUAAGAAAAUAAAUGAGCUUACAGGUAUUAAGGAGUCUGAUACAGGACUUGCUCCUCCAGCACUGUGGGAUUUGGCUGCAGAUAAACAGACACUUCAGAGCGAGCAACCACUUCAAGUGGCAAGAUGUACAAAAAUAAUAAAUGCAGACUCAGAGGACCCAAAAUACAUUAUUAAUGUAAAACAGUUCGCUAAGUUUGUGGUAGACCUCAGUGAUCAAGUUGCUCCUACUGACAUUGAAGAGGGUAUGAGAGUCGGUGUUGACAGGAACAAAUACCAGAUUCAUAUCCCUCUUCCUCCAAAGAUUGAUCCCACUGUAACAAUGAUGCAGGUAGAGGAGAAACCUGAUGUAACAUACAGUGAUGUUGGAGGCUGCAAGGAACAAAUAGAAAAAUUGCGAGAAGUUGUGGAAACACCACUGCUUCAUCCGGAGAGGUUUGUUAACCUUGGUAUUGAGCCUCCCAAAGGAGUACUGCUGUUUGGACCUCCUGGAACUGGCAAAACGUUGUGCGCACGUGCUGUAGCCAACAGAACAGAUGCCUGCUUCAUCCGAGUCAUUGGAUCUGAGCUUGUGCAGAAAUACGUGGGAGAGGGAGCCCGUAUGGUGCGUGAGCUAUUUGAGAUGGCCAGAACCAAAAAAGCAUGUCUUAUUUUCUUUGAUGAAAUUGAUGCCAUUGGUGGGGCUCGUUUUGAUGAUGGAGCUGGAGGUGAUAACGAAGUCCAGCGCACUAUGCUAGAACUUAUCAACCAGUUGGACGGCUUUGAUCCCAGAGGAAACAUUAAAGUGUUAAUGGCCACUAACAGACCAGACACUUUGGAUCCUGCUCUUAUGAGACCUGGAAGACUGGACAGAAAAAUUGAAUUUAGUUUGCCCGAUCUGGAGGGCCGUACGCACAUAUUUAAGAUUCAUGCACGUUCUAUGAGUGUCGAGAGAGAUAUAAGAUUCGAACUUCUGGCUCGGCUAUGUCCUAACAGUACAGGAGCCGAAAUUCGUAGCGUGUGCACAGAGGCUGGAAUGUUCGCUAUUCGAGCUCGCCGUAAAGUCGCAACUGAGAAAGAUUUCUUAGAAGCUGUGAACAAGGUGAUCAAGUCGUAUGCAAAGUUCAGCGCUACCCCAAGAUACAUGACUUACAACUAAUUCCAGCAGCUACUGUUUUUGGCACCAUUAUCUGUUAUGUAGAACAAUAUUGUGUUGGAAUAUAAAUAAAUAGUAAAAACUA